ACAUUACCAUCUUUAUUUCUGUCUCCCUUUUGACCCUUUUGAUCAUCUUCUCCAAUUCAAUUUUCUAAUUAGUCUCAUCAUAUUGCAAUUUCUUAAAAACCAAAGAAAAAAAUUCUUUUUUUUAGGGGGGGGUUUUAAUUUUGUUCCCUUAUGGAUGAACUUAUAAUUUCUCCCCCUUCUUCUUCUUCACCAAAUUCAAGUACUGCAACUCUUCAACAAAGGAUUCAAUUCAUCCUCCAUAAUCGCCUUGAAUGGUGGGCUUAUUCCAUUUUGUGGUUGGCUUCUAAAGAUAUCACUGGAAAUCUUGUUUUCACUUGGGGAAAUGGUCUUUUUCGUGACACCCGAGACGGCAGCGGCAGUGGCGGUGGCGGUGGCGGUAGCGGACAACUCAUUAGUUUCGGGUUCGAUGAAGUUGUGGUGGAUCGAGUGGGAGGUGCCAAUUUCAGCGACUUAGAAUGGUACUACACGGCAUCUAUGAGCCGGUCGUAUGGUGCAGUAGAUAAUGUGGUGGGUCGGGUGUACGACUCGAGUGCAUACAUCUGGUUAACAGCGGACGACGGUCUUUAUUUGUACGAGUGCGAACGAGUAAAAGAAGCGCGUUUGCGUGGGAUUCAGACGUUGGUUUUUGUUUCAACAUCCAUUGGGGUUCUGGAACUGGGUUCUUCUGAGUUGAUUAAACAAGAUUGGAGUUUAGUUCAGUAUGCAAAAUCACUUUUUGAAUCUGCUUCUUGUUCAAGGUUUACACUUUUUAAACAAAAAGAUUAUGUGGGUGCUGGUAGUGGAGGAAUAAUAAUUCAACCACAACUUCCGUCGUGCUCCGAUGUGGUCAAGAGAGAGACCAGCCGUGGUGGAGGAGGGACGUCCUCCGAUUCCCUCUCUGAUAACUCCGAUGGAAAUUUCAUGUCAACUGUCAAUAACGAUAACGUUGGUAACAAGAGGGGGAAGAGAUCGGCAAAAAAUAAAACAGAGUCCUCGCUGCCGGUAAACCACGUGGAAGCUGAACGGCAGCGACGACAGAAGCUGAACCAACGAUUCUACGCGCUCCGAUCGGUGGUUCCAAAUGUCUCGAAAAUGGACAAAGCUUCAUUGCUCGCCGAUGCAGCAGAUUACAUCAAGGAGCUAAAGUCCAAGGUUCAAAAAUUGGAGUCUAAGCUAAAACAACCACAGCACCAAACUAGUAGCAGCAUGAGCAUUGCAUUUGAUCAUAACCAAAGCACGACCUCAGCGGUCGAGCAAACGAUGAGCUCAACAAGUUACGCAAUGAACAACAACAACGUAGAAGUGCGACUUAUCGGGUCAGAUGCAAUGGUGAGAGUUCAUUGCAGAGAUGAAAAUUACCCAUCAGCAAGGCUUCUGAAUGUGCUAAGAGAUUUGGGACUUCAAGUUCAUCAUGCAAGUUUGUCAAGUGUAAAUGAACUGAUGCUACAAGAUGUUGUUGUUAGAAUUCCUCAUGGGACAGCCUUGAAAGAAAAGACCUUAAAAACUGCCAUACUUCAAAGACUUGAAUAAUGUUUGAUUUUGCAUGGAAUAAUGUUCUUUAUUCGGUUUAUCGUUGUAAGUCGGUAUGUGCAUGUUCGAAGGUUUAUCUAUCGAAUCUGUGUUAUAGAUAAUAUUGUUAAAACAACGAGGAUGUCUUUACUUAUGUAAUACCGUACCUUUGUUCGUGUAAUAAUAUGAUAUCAUGUCUACUUGAACU